AUGACUCAGUACAGGACACUAUUAGGGAUUUUAGUGUUUAUCACAGGCCAGUUUGGCUCCGUUUCAACCCAAAGCCAAAAUGUGUGCAAGACCUUUGGCGGUGGGACCAUAAAGACUUUCAAUGACACCUUGUUCUAUGUGAAAUCCACAUGUCCUGUAACAUUGACACAGUUCUCUCAUGAGGACGUCGACUGUUUUAUCUCUGUGCAGCGUGAUCCAACUGGCUUAAUGAAGAAAGUCGAGAUUGUGGUGAAUAAAGUCGCUACCAUCAUUCAGGAUGGCACACUGACUGUACAAGGAAACAGAGUCUCUCUGCCCUAUGACCAGACCUAUCAGAGUGUGUAUACAUUUGGCAUUUACACCAAGCUUAGAAGCAAAGUCCUGCCGCUUUCUGUCAUAUGGUACAGUUUUUCUGAGGGUGUCACUUCACUUUGGGUUAGUACAGCAAAAACAUCACGACGUUUCUCGUGCCUCUAUACAACCUCAAUUAAAAAUGAUUAUUCAGAAUUUGUCAAAGAUUUGGUUCUGAGGCCAUGGAUGUGCAAUUUUUUACACAGCAUAUCAUUUAGAGGGCCACCAUAUUGUCAAAUUAUAUUACAUAUAAUAAAUGUGAAAUUCUCUGCAGCUGAACCUGCAUGUCCUGGAGAUUUGAAAUUUCAGGAUGAAGGUCCUGCUUUUCCUCCCACCUGCUCCAACCCCCAGCUUCAGACAGAAUUCAAUACCAGCACUUGCCUUCCUCAAGAUGGAUUGGUCCUGAACGAUCGAGCUGAAGGUUACCACAGUGUUAAGGUGCAGGACUGCCCUUGUGUGCACAUGAGAGUAACAUAUACGCCAGCUCAUUCCUGCGACAGUAAUCUGAGGUUUGAUUACGCCAUGCGGGCAUGCAAUCGUACAUGCCGCUCAGUGUCUAGUCCUGACCCAACCUGUGACAUGCCAGAUGACCCAGUGGAGGGCUGCGGAUGCCCAUCUGGCACUCACCUCAACACACCACUCAAAUGCAGCCCUCGUGCCCUCUGCCAGUGCAAAUACUCAGGUGGAACAACGCCUCCAGGGCCCGUGGUUAUUGAUGGACACCAAUGCAUUUGUGAAAAUGGAAAUCUCAAGUGUUCAGAUAAUUGUGACUGUAAAAAUGGACAAAUCUGUGUCCAUUGUGCACAAACAUCAGUUAACACAGCACAAAGGACAUGUGAAAGCCUGAGCAAGCCAUCUAGUGAUGAUGAGAGCUGCAUCAGUGGCUGUUACUGUCCAGAGGGCCAGUAUGCGGACCAUAAUGGUAGCUGUGUGACCAAAGAGAACUGCACAUGUGAAUUCAGUGGGAUGGUUUAUGCAUCUGGGCAGAGAGUGGAAUCAAACUGUCAAAUAUGCACUUGCAGAGGAGGCCAGUGGAAUUGUCAAGGGGAUCCAUGCCCAGGAGUGUGCGAAGUGUUUGGCAAUGGACAAUAUAAGACCUUUGAUUCCAAAUGGUAUCGCUUCGAUGGCCACUGUCAGUACACACUGGUUGAGGACGCUGGCAACGAAAAGCAGUUUUCCAUUAAAGCAGAGAGUGUGCCUUGCUGUGAUGAAGUUCUAACCUGUUCCCGCUCCAUCUCAGUGACACUCAAGGAUGAACAACAUAAUGAAGUGACUCUAAUCCUGUAUAAUAUGAAUGUAACUCAGAAGCUCCAAAAAGGGUUGAGUGCCCAGUCACUGUACUCUGUCCACACUGUGGGUCUGUAUAUCAUUAUCUCUUCGACAAAACUGGGCCUCACUGUGAUUUGGGACAAGCAAACCAGAGUCAAAAUUGAGUUGCAGACCAACUGGAAUGGUAAAGUGCAGGGCCUGUGUGGUGACUUUGAUGGGAAGUUAAUGAAUGAUAUGCUGAAGAGCAGUUCCACUCUAGUGGUCAGCACACUGGAUUUUGGGAACAGCUGGAAGACACCUGUACCCCCUUGUUCAGAUGUGACCAAGGAAUUGUUUCCCUGUGAACACCAUUCAUACUGUGCUGCUUGGGCGCAGAGACGCUGCAUGAUUUUACACAGUGACACAUUUGAAGCCUGCCACCUUAAGGUUGAUCCAGCACCUUAUUACCAGGCCUGUAUUCUGGAGUCAUGCUCCUGUGAUUUUGAGGGCAAAUUCCUGGGAUUCUGCACAGCUGUGGCAGCAUACGCUGAUGCCUGCACAACCCGAAAUAUCUGUAUCAAAUGGAGAACUCCAGACCGGUGCCCGGUCUAUUGUGACUAUUACAAUGAAGAGGGUCAGUAUAGCUGGCAUUAUGAGGCAUGUCCUCAACAAAUUAAGACUUGUGGGAAAAACAACAAAUUCUCUGGAGAGCUUGAAGGUUGUUACCCACAGUGCCCUGCUGAGAUGCCAUAUUAUGAUGAGAACAGAAGAAUUUGUUCCAGUUUGGACAACUGCACCUGUUACUUCAACAACACUGUGGUCGAACCUCGUGCGACAGUGACUACACCAAGUGAAUGUACUUGCAGUGGAGGGCAAAUUAUUUGCGAAACGACAACUACAACUUCAGGUACAGUCACAACUACAGAAACCACAACUCCAGUAACCAUAACCACAACUUCAGAAACAACUCCAGAAACAACAACUACAGAAACCACAACUCCAGAAACCACAACUUCAACUAUAACCACAACUUCAGUUACAACCACAACUGCAGAAAGCACAACUCCAGUAACCAUAACCACAACUCCAGAAACAACAACUCCAGACACCACAACUCCAGAAACAACAACUACAAUUACAGAAACUACAACUCCAGAAACAACAACUACAGAAACCACAACUUCAACUACAACCACAACUUCAGUUACAACCACAACUCCAGAAAGUACAACUCCAGAAACUUCAACCACAACUCCAAAAAUAACAACUACAAUUACAGAAACUACAACUCCAGAAACAACAACUACAGAAACCACAACUUCAGUUACAACCACAACUACAGAAACCACAACUCCAGUAACCAUAACCACAACUCCAGAAACAACAACUACAAUUACAGAAACUACAACUCCAGAAACAACAACUACAGAAACCACAACUUCAACUACAACCACAACUUCAGUUACAACCACAACUCCAGAAAGUACAACUCCAGAAACCAUAACCACAACUCCAAAAAUAACAACUACAAUUACAGAAACUACAACUCCAGAAACAACAACUACAGAAACCACAACUUCAGUUACAACCACAACUACAGAAACCACAACUCCAGUAACCAUAACCACAACUCCAGAAACAACAACUACAAUUACAGAAACUACAACUCCAGAAACAACAACUACAGAAACCACAACUUCAGUUACAACCACAACUACAGAAAGCACAACUCCAGUAACCAUAACCACAACUCCAGAAACAACAACUACAAUUACAGAAACUACAACUCCAGAAACAACUACAGAAACCACAACUUCAACUACAACUACCGUUACAACCACAACUACAGAAAGCACAACUCCAGUAACCAUAACCACAACUCCAGAAACAACUACAAUUACAGAAACUACAACUCCAGAAACAACAACUACAGAAAGCACAACUUCAACUACAACCACAACUACAGAAAGCACAACUCCAGUAACCAUAACCACAACUCCAGAAACAACAACUACAGAAACCACAACUCCAGAAACAAUAACUACAGAAACCACAACUUCAACUAUAACCACAACUUCAGUUACAACCACAACUGCAGAAAGCACAACUCCAGUAACCAUAACCACAACUCCAGAAACAACAACUCCAGACACCACAACUCCAGAAACAACAACUACAAUUACAGAAACUACAACUCCAGAAACAACAACUACAGAAACCACAACUUCAACUACAACUACAGUUACAACCACAACUACAGAAAGCACAACUCCAGUAACCAUAACCACAACUCCAGAAACAACUACAAUUACAGGAACUACAACUCCAGAAACAACAACUACAGAAACCACAACUUCAACUACAACCACAACUACAGAAAGCACAACUCCAGUAACCAUAACCACAACUCCAGAAACAACAACUACAGAAACCACAACUCCAGAAACAAUAACUACAGAAACCACAACUUCAACUAUAACCACAACUUCAGUUACAACCACAACUGCGGAAAGCACAACUCCAGUAACCAUAACCACAACUCCAGAAACAAAAACUCCAGACACCACAACUCCAGAAACAACAACUACAAUUACAGAAACUACAACUCCAGAAACAACAACUACAGAAACCACAAAUUCAACUACAACCACAACUUCAGUUACAACCACAACUCCAGAAAGCACAACUCCAGUAACCAUAACCAAAACUCCAGAUUGCAAGAAUCCACAGGACAACAAAACAUGGCCAGAUGGUGCUAAAUGGACUAAGGACUGCAUCAAUUAUGCUUGCAGCAAUGGUAAUAUUCAGAUGAAGUCUGUGACAUGUCCAACUCCAGUCAUUCCAGUGUGCCCCAGAGGAACUCCAACGAUGGUAAAAGAUGGCUGUUGUGACACCCAUCGAUGUUACUGUCAAUGUGAUGUCUACGGAGACCCACAUUAUGUUACCUUUGAAGAAACAAAAUUUGACUUCCUAGAAAACUGUACAUAUAUUCUGGUGGAGGAAAGGACUUCACGUCACCAUCUCAGAAUCAGUGUUGAUAAUUAUUACUGUGAACCAUCUGCUUCCUGUGUCAAGGGCAUCAUUCUGAAGUACCGUAACAGCACAGCAAUACUAAAAGUGCUUCCUGAAAAACUGCCCAUAGUAGAGGUUACUCUGAAUCAUGUAACAAUAAAACCACCAUAUCAAGCAGAUGGACUUAGGUUUGAGAGAAUAGGUGCCAGGGUUUACAUUUACAUUGACGAGAUCCGCUCAUACAUUUUUCUCAGUGCAAAGAGCACACUGCAGAUCAACCUGGCAGAGGAGAACUUCUUUAAUAACACGCAGGGACAGUGUGGUGUUUGUGGAGGUGCCUCAUGUACGCGCAGGAAUGGUUCAGUUGAGCGUAAGAACUGCUGUGAUAAGACUGCAUAUGAGUGGGUAGAGGAUGAUCCACUGAAACCAUACUGUAAACCACAGAAUGUGUCCUGUGACACAAUAUUACCAACUAGUUCUCCAACACCACCAUGCAAGGCUCCUCUCUGUGACCUCCUCAGAAACGAACUGUUCAGAAACUGCAGUAAGGGCAUUGAUGUGGAGAUGCUGGUGCGUAACUGCGAGUCUGAUUAUUGUCAGACCCAUAAAAACGACACUGUGUGCUCCCCACUAGAGUUUCUAUCUGAUGAAUGUAAGAAGAAGGGCUUCUGUGUGGCCUGGAGAAAGCUCACCAAUGGAAUUUGUGACAUCACUUGUCCUAAAGGAAUGAUUUAUGAUGAAUGCCGGAAAACUCCAGCUGAUUUCUGCAGUGGCAAUGUACGCGUUCCAGGGCCAGUUUUUGAUACAAUGAGACCUGGUUGUUUUUGCCCAGACAACCAACUACUUGCUGACCCACACAAAGAGUUCUGUGUACCUGAAUGUACCAACUGUAAAGGCCCACUGGGAGAACCCAUGCCGGUUGGGGCAGUAUGGGAGUCAAAUUGCCACAUGUGCACAUGCAAUAAUCAGACUCGGACAGAAGAAUGCACGCCAAAACCUUCACUUCCACCUCCCACAUGCAUUCCUGGCUUAGCACUCAUCUCUGACUGCUGCAACAACCAGAUAUGCGUUGAGAAGACUUGUAAAUACAAUGGAAGAACAUAUAAGGUGGGUGAAACAUGGAGGAACCCCUGGAGCCCUUGUGAAACAUUUCAUUGUACAACAGAAGGUACUGAAAUAGAGAAGAGUGUAUGUCCACAGCAGACCUGUCCUGAGGAACUCCGUGUUUGGGAUGAACAUCAUUGCUGCUAUUCAUGUAACACAACGUGUGGAGUCAGACUGUCCAAAAUGACUGUUGAUAACUGCACUCCGGAGGUGAUGCUGCCCACCUGUGAAGGCAACUGUGCUUCAGGCUCCCUAUGGGCGAGGUCUGGGAAAGAUUUGCAGUUGAAGCAUAAUCAGGUCUGCUGCCGAGAGAAAACCUCAGAGAUGAGAAAUAUUUAUCUGGUCUGCAGCGGAGACAGAGCCACACAGUACACUUACAAACACAUCACCAGCUGUGAGUGCCAGAGUGAAGUCUGAAACCUCGAAAGAUUUACAAUGUAACUGUAAUGCUCAAAGAACCAGGUGUUUACACCUACAAUUCAUUCAUAUAUUGGUGGUGUGAUUUGAUUUGCAUGGUUUGUUAUUUUCCAUAUGGUCAGUGCAUUGUGAUUGAAGAUUUGAAUUUUUUAUUUUUUUGGUAAUAUCUGGUGUUUUCUGCUUUCUACUGUGAAUGUCCAGUACCAAAAACAUAUUGAUUCCCUGUGAGAUGUUUUUCUUUCAUUACAUUUUCCAAGUCAUUUGAUUAAAUACUAAAAUUCAAGAAAAUCAGGUUUAAAUGAUAAUCUAAUAUAGCUAUCAAAGUCCUUGACUAUUUGCUUUUUGUUUCUUUCUUUUCAAGAAUGGUGGUAAAUGAUCAUCUAAUGCCUGACAUAUACAUAUGAUAUAAUCAGUAAAUAAAGA